UCGUCGUGGAUGUGAGCUACUCGACCGCUCGUUAGCCUCCUGCGAAGGAAGAGCUCCUCUCCUCUCCUCUCCUCUCUGUGUUCAUCGACUCUCAUACGUUGGUUGUGAUCUCCCCGGCCCCCAACUCCUCAGAACCAUCCAAAACCCUCUGGGGGGGAGGAAUCCUCUUCCGCUACUAGAGUUUCUUCGCCGAGGAGGAGGAGGGGUUCCGAAGGAGGAAGGUGGCGGCGUCCAGGAAGCAGCUCCUCCCCCGCCAGCGGCGCCGCUCGCUUGCCCGGCUCCGGGUGCGCGCCGUGGGAGGGGGCGUGGACCGCUGUGUCGCCACCGGGAUCUAGGAGUUCGCGGAUGAGGAAGAUUUCAUCAAGGCGGGCGGGAGCGAGCGGCUCUUCGUCCAAAUGCAGGAAGGAAAGCCCAUGGAGAAGCAGGGCCAAAUCGCCGAAAAGUGUUUGGAAUCUAAUGCAGUCACAAUGAGCGAGGUAUUCGAUGGUUACGAGCUCCAGGACUGUGAGAUCUCCACAUCUCUCUCACGGAAAUGUACAUCUGCUGCACUUCUCGAUGGAGAGAAAAAGAAGCAGAAGGUAUCUGAAAUUAAAUCUGGCCUGGAAGAUGCGGAGAAUCUAAUUCGAAAAAUGAAUAUCGAAGCCAGAAGCUUGCAGCCGAGCAUAAAGGCCAGAUCGCUGGCAAAGUUGAGGGAAUACAAAUAGGACCUUAACAACUCGAAGAGUGAAUUUAAAACAAUUACCAUCCCUAAUCCUAGCCAAGCUGCAAGAGAAGAGCUACUGGAGUCGGGGAUGGCUGAUACAUUGGCGGUAUGACAGGUCUUAGUUUAUUGUAUUUUCACUGUAUAUUAUCAUGCUUAAUCAUUGCAUUUCUGGCUUUUUAUUAUAAUCUGGUCGCCAUGUAGUUAAAGGUUAGUUUGAUAAUUAUGGGAUUUAGGGCAACAUAAUUGAUAAAUGUUAGGCUUCGCUGAUGUGAAAUAACAGUUCGUAUGGAAAGUUGUUUUCUUUGUUUCUGUCACAUUAUUCUUGGAUUGUCUUUCUUCUUUUUUGUUGUUCACCAUUCUUAUGGAAUUUGGAUAUCCAAUUGCUAUGCAACACUAAGAAGGAGUGGAAAAAAUUUCUCAGUGAAUGGGUUUUACUUUUUUGUUUGGAAGUAUAGUAUAAACUGACUAAUACUGAAAUAUGAACUAAGGUUAUAUGGAGGAGGCAUGGAGCUAUAUGAUGCUAAACAUAGAAGUUAGCAAUGAACAACAUAUUGAACAUGUGUAACUGCUAAAUAACCACUUGUUGGCCUUGGAGAUUGUAAUUCAGGUAUCAGUAGGGAACGGUUUAUGUUGGGUUUAUCAUGAAUUAGCCCUCAGUGACCUAGCUAGUCAUCAUUUUUUUGUAAUUUCCUGCAUAGGAGCUGGUGAUUACAGUGGUGGUGACAGGUUCGACUUUGAUCAACUAAAUAGCAGCAUGGAAACAGAGUGUUGGAUUUGAAUCUAGGUCUCUGCUGAUCAAAGGGCAAGGUUAUUAAUGUCAACUGAGAGACCCAACAAGUCUAGUGACAGGAUAAAGGAGAGCAUAAGGUCAACACUGGAGUCAGAAGAAGUUGGUGUUUCAGUUCUUCAAGACUUGCAUCAACAAGGGAACCUCACUUACAUGCCCAUGUAACUGUAUGUUUCUGUUCUAAUCUUCUUGUUCUUGUGACAACUUCAUGUACUUUUUGUCAUGGGUUAAUCGUUCAUAUUCAGUGC